UACAAUAGCUGCUCAUGAUCUCCCCCAGCAAAGCUGAGAUGAAGUAAAACCUCCCACAGUACUCGUUGCAGCUCAUCAACCACCAUGGCCAUGCCAUCUCUUCUCCGCCUCCUCGUCCUCCUCACCGCAGGCGCCGCCGUCUCACAGGUCGCCGCAUGGGUGGACUGCGGCGACGCCGCGCCGUCGCCUCCUCCUUCGUCCUCCCCUUCCCCCUCACCACUAUCGCCGCCGGCCAACGGCAGCAGCAACAACGCGGCGUUCCGCGCGAACCUCCUCACGCUCCUGGGCGCGCUCCCGCGCGCCGUGGCGCCCACGGGGUUCGCGUCCCUCUCCCUCGGUGCCGGCCGCGACCGCGCCUUCGUCCGGGGCCUCUGCCGUGGGGACAUGGAGCCUCCCCGGUGCCUCGCGGACCUGCAGGACGCCGUGCGCACCCUCGGCGGGAGCUGCCCCGGCAGCCGCCGCGCCGCCGUGUGGCUGGACGUCGUCUACGUCGACUACGCCGACACCAACAUCUCGAGCUCCCGCGACGACGACCGCCGCAUGGUCCUGUACGACACGCGCCUGGUAGCCCACCCGGCCGCCUACCUGCAGGCGUACGGCGCGCUGAUGAGGACCCUGGUGGCGCGCGCGGUGGGCCGCGUGGGUGGCGGCGGCGGCGAGGCAGGGACGACGUCGGCGAGGCGGUCCUUCUUCGCCACCGGGGAGGCGCGGUACGCCAGCGACGAUCCCAACGGUACCAUGUACGGGAUGGUGCAGUGCAUGAGGGACAUCACGGCCGCCGACUGCGACCAUUGCCUGCAGACCUCGGUGCCGCGGCUGCCGUGCUGCGAGGGGAAUCAGGGAGGCGUCGUGCUGGCCUACAACUGCUACCUGCGGAUCCAGGUGUACACCUACUACGACCUGGCGCUCGACGCGCCGCCGCCUUCAGCUGCUGCUCAACCGCCGCCGCCGCCGCCGCCGGUCCCCGCGCCGUCGUCGCCGACGCCCGCUGCGGAAACAAGCGGAACGGGGAGACGAAACACCACCAUCAUCAUCCUUGCCGUCGUCGUCCCACUAGGAACGCUACUCCUCCUCGCGUUCGUGUUGACUGGUGUUUACUACUUGCGGCGAAGGAGAAGAGGUGUCAAAGAGAGGAGCCGUCCGCCCAGACCCACGGGAUGUGCCAAGGACGACGACGGCAGCACAACCUAUGUUCACCCGGAGAAAUUCACCCUGCAGGUGCUGAGGGUGGCAACCGGUAACUUCGCUGCGGAAAACAAGCUGGGAGAGGGAGGUUUUGGACAAGUUUUCAAGGGCAGGCUUCAGGAUGGACAACCCGUUGCAGUAAAAAGGCUCUCCAAGGGCUCCUCGCAGGGCUUCCACGAGCUAAAAAACGAGCUGAUUCUCGCCGCCAAGCUGACACACAGGAACCUCGUCCAGCUUCUUGGGGUUUGCCUGGAGGAAACGGAGAAGCUGAUCGUGUACGAGUACCUGCCAAAUCGGAGCCUGGACACCAUCCUUUUCGGGAGACGGCAGCAGCAGCAGCAAGCUCUGGACUGGAGCAAGAGAUACACGAUCAUCAGCGGGAUCGCGCGCGGCCUGCAGUACCUCCACGAGGAGUCCCGGCUGCGGAUCAUCCACCGGGACCUCAAGCCCAGCAACGUCCUGCUGGGUUCCGACAUGACUCCCAAGAUCUCCGAUUUCGGACUCGCCAGAGCGUUCUGGGGAGACGAGUCCAGAGAGGUGACCAAACGACCGGCAGGAACCCUCGGGUACAUGUCCCCGGAGUACGCGUACUACGGGCACGUCUCGACCAAAUCCGACAUGUUCAGCUUCGGGGUCAUCGUCCUCGAGAUCGUGACCGGCCAAAGGAACAGCAGCCCGUCUUCGGCUGAAGACGACGGCAGCAACAGGAACCUGCUGAGCUACGUACGUGAGCACCUGCUGCCGGCAGCACGUCACAGAACAGACCAAGGCAAAGCUUCGUUCCUCGAUGGCCAAAGUAACGUGCUCACACUAGAAGUAUAUAUAUAUCUUCCUGCUGCAGGUCUGGGAGAAGUGGAAGCGCGGCGGGUCCGUCGCGGAGAUGGUGGACGCGUCGCUGGGCGGGCAGUACGCCAUGACCGAGGCGCUCGCCUGCGUGCAGAUCGGGCUCCUGUGCGUGCAGAAGGAUCCCAGGUCCAGGCCAGACGCGUCGGAGGUCGUCCUGAUGCUGGACGAACGGUCGGCGAUCCAGCAAAAGCCGUCCAGACCGGCGUUCUGCUCCGGCUCCGGCUCCGGGUCUAUAAGCGGCGGCGCCUCAUCAGUGAGCUAUGGGCGUCGUUCUGCGAUCGAGUCUGUUUCCGAGAACAGCGUGACGGUUUCGGAGCUCGAACCGCGGUAGAGGUAGGCCGUGUGCUAUGGGCGUUGUUUCCCUGCUCCUCACUGUACCUCACCCACCAGGCCUGACGCUCAUUUUUCUCGGAACGAAAUGAAAAUUCUGUUGAUUCCACAGAACUAGAUAA